CAGUCGCUACCGGAGAGGAGCGCAGGGGAGUGCCCUGCACCGCGGACAGCCGACACACACAUACAGCCACCUCCUCCUUCUUCUUCUUCCUCUUCCUCUUCCUCCUGCCUGCACUGAAGCCGGACUCCUCUGCCGGGGAAACUGCACCGACUCUCAGCUGUUAUUGUCGCCUGCAUCCUCCAUCAGCUCGGCUGCACAUUAAAUCGACCAGCGGUCUAUCUCCGGUGGGCCCCGACGUAGCAUCAUGGAGGAGUUAGACGUUCCACAGAUGAGGAGAGAAGUGGAAAGCCUUCAAUAUCAGCUGGCAAUCAACAGAGAGAAAUCCUCCAUCACCGUUACUGAACUGGUGAAGUGGAUUGAGGGUUGUGUUUGUGAAGAUCCAUUUCUGAACCCGGAGCUGAUGAGAGCCAACCCCUGGGUGGAGAAGGGCAAGUGUGUGAUCCUCUAAUGGUCACACACAGACACACACACACGCGCGCACGCACGCACACACAUACAUAUGUUUACUUAUGUCACUUUUGGGGGCAUUACAUAGACUUUCAUUAUCCAUUUAUUUCCUCGAGAUGAACCAUAGGAAAACCACCAAUAGCCGAACCCUAAUCUUAACCUUUUUUUCCAAAGUGGGGACACGUCUUUUGUCCCCGAUUGGAGAAGCCGUCCCCAAUUAACUGGUCUGUAGUCUGAAAUAUGUCCCUGAAGGUAGCCUGAGUCUCACACACACACACACACACACACAAUCACGGAUGCAUAUAAACUAAAGAAUCAUGCACUCCCACACUCAAAGUCACGCUGCACUAACUCACUCAUUUACUCUCACUCUCACACACACACACACUCUCACUCAUAUUAUUGCUAUUAUCAUGUUUAUUUAUUGGGAGACUCCUGAAUGCUUUUAAUUUAUGUGAAGACUACUGUGUGUGUGUGAGUGUACAGCACUGAGUAGCUUUCUAGACGUCUGUUUUGAUGGACUGCUGAGAAAUGUUCAACAACACGUUUUUAUUGGCUCUUUACACUGUCAAUCAAAAUAAAGACUGUUUUGAAUUUAA